AUGAACGAGAAAAAAGUACAUCAGGAGAAGAAGGAGAGGGAGGAAGAGGGGAGUGUGAAGAAACCCUGGGUUCAUGAACAAUUAAAUAGUCUGAAGCACUUCCAGCAACACUCAAGACUUCAUUUUAUUGGACAGUGGAAAACAAGAGCACAUGAUUUAUUUAAAGAAUGGUUUAAAGUGAACCCCGAGUGGAACCACGGUGUUCUGAGGCAACAGAUACUCUUCGCACAUUUGGAUAUGGAUGCUUUUUUUUGUAGUGUUGCCCUCGCAAAGGAGGAGAAUGCCCAUCUGCGGGAUAAGCCUGUUGGUGUGGCGGCAGGGAAAUUCAACAGUGAUAUCUCUUCUUGUAAUUACAUUGCGAGGACGUAUGGUGUACAGGCAGGUAUGUACGUCAACGCUGCAAGAGAAAUAUGCCCAAAUUUACAUAUUUUGAACUACGAUUUGCCACGUUGUGAAGAAGUAACGAAGUCUCUUUACCGAAUUUUAUUUGAAUUAUGUCCAAAUUUAGUGAAUAUAGCUGUUGAAGUUUACAGUAUCGAUGAAGUCAUGAUUGCUUUUGAUACUGAUGAUAUAGAUACAGUAAAACAGUACUGUAAUAAUGUCCGUCAAGAGUUAGAGAGAUCAACUCAUUGCACAGCUUCUUGUGGAAUAGGUCCCAAUAUUAUGCUUGCUCGUAUAGCCACUAAAUUUGCAAAACCAAAUGGAAUACAUAUCAUUCCCCCUGAGAAUGUAUCAAGUAUUGUUGAACAACUUCCUUUUAGUGAAAUACACGGUGUUGGACAUUCUACCUUAACAAAGUUACGUCCUUUGUUAAGACCUUACUUUAGCGAAGUAGAUAUAAAUGAUGAAGAGCUUCGUUGUCGUCAUGUGCAGAAGUUAACAAAACAACAGUUACAACAAUUUCUCGGUAAAAAGGCUGGUGAAAAUUUUUACAACUUAUGUCGUGGGAAUGAUUCACGUCUAGUUACUCGUACUGGUGAUGAAGAAAAUCAGCGAAUACUUGGGAAGAAAACUCCUACUAGUGUUGGUUGUUCUAUGAACUAUGCAGUACGACCUAAUUCUCUGGAUGAUGUGUGGAGUAUUGCGAGAGAACUACUGGAGGCAGUCUGUACUAAACUGGAGCGAGGAGAGUACUCUUGUUCUGGUCUACGAAUAACAAUUCUUGAACGACAUCCACUGCAUCCAAAGGACACACAAAAAUUUAUGGGAAGAGGUAAAUGCGUCGAAUUUCAUAUGACUGUUAACUUUGAAUCCCCUCUGAAAAGCUCUGAUAUUGAAACAAUGUUAUUUCGUGUGCAAAGUACUCUGGCACCGUUUCUUGUUUUAAAACGAUCACUGACAGACGUGGAGAGGGCUGAUGAACUUGGAUUAAGUAGUGAUAUGGAAUCUGGUAUUAUUUGGACAGUCAGCAUUAACGAUCUCAAGGACAUUGUGAUUUCUGAUAUUCGGGGAAUGACCAUUCAGGCCAUAUCUCUUCACUUGGGAAGUAAUUGCAUAAGUAACUUGAAACGUUCACGUGGUAUGCAGAUGUCUCUUGUUGAUGCUUUUUCAAAAGCCACGAGAGGGGAGCAACAACAACAAGAAGAAGAAGAACAAGAAGAGUUAGAGGUUGAGAAUUUAUUGUCAAAUCCUUCACAAGCGGUGGGAAAAACUUUCGAAAUGUCUACUCUUGAAGAACUGAUGAGCCGUGAUGUGGAUGAAAGUUUUUUGAGGGACUGGAAAAAUGCCGCAGAUCGUGUCGGUCGUGAUGUUGAUUAUACGGCAAUGAAAGCUCUUCUUCGCGUUGCAGCGUUUCGAUGCGCAAGCAGUUUAAAAUCUCCUAUUGAGGCAGAAAAAACUUUUAAGGGGCUUCUGAUGUUUGCAAAUUCCUUGUUACCCAUUCCUGUUACCUUCGCUUAA